AUGGCCUCUGCAGACCUGACCAUGGGGAUCUUUUUCCUGUCCCAGACUGUGCUGGGAAUGCUGGGGAACUCUGUUUUGCUUUGUUGUUUUAUCAUUGCUGACUUCUCUGGGAUCAAGACAAGGCCUGUAGACCUAAUUGUCAAACACCUCACCUGGGCCAACAUCAUGGUUGUUAUCUGCAAAGGAAUCCCUCAGACAAUGGCUACUUUUGGGCAUUCAUAUUUUCUAGAGGAGAUUGCAUGUAAACUUGUCUUUUAUUUGCAUAGAGUUUCGAGGGGAUUUUCCCUUGGUUCCACAUGCCUGUUGAGUAUCUUUCAGGCCAUCACUAUUAGCUCCACCAAUUCUAUGUCUGCACAGCUCAAGGCCAGAAUCCCCAAAAUGAUUGGUACUUCCCUGGCCUUGUGCUGGUCCCUGUGUCUGCUUGUAAAUAGCUUCAUAAUCAUGACAGUGACUGACAUGAGAGAUAAAGGAAAUCUUACUGAAUUUAGACAAUUGUUGUACUGUUUAGCAAUCAAUCGUUCCAAACAAACUUACAGAGUGUAUGUGAUCAUAUUGGCCUCCAGUGAUGUCCUGUGCUUGGGACUCAUGGUGUGGGCCAGUGGCCUCAUGGUGCUGAUCUUAGCCAAGCAUAAGCAGAAGGUCCGACAUGUUCACAGAUCCUUGGCUACAAAGUCACGUCAUGAAACCAAGGCCACGGGGCGUGUUCUUGUCCUAGUGAGCAGUUUUGUAGGUCUUUAUGGAACAUCUUUUGUCUUAAUGAUGUGUUUUUCUUUCCAGGAUAAAGCAGACACAUGGCUGGUCAAUGCCAACGUGGCCAUGAGUGCUUGUUUCCCAGUACUCUGCCCCUUUCUGCUCACCAGAAGCUAUACUAGGAGUUUUAAACUCUGCCAUACUUUGAAUAUAUCAAGGGCCAAUUUUAUUCUUGUGUAG